AUGGCUUCUAAUCAAAAUGAUACGACCGUUCAGGUCAACAAAGAAGAGCUCAGACGGACUGGUGACUUGAUCGUCAUGCGCCUGAUGGAGGUGCAGUCUUACAUCGCUGACCUGGGCAAGGCUUACCUCCAGCACGUGAACAACAUCACCGAGGGACGUGAUGCCCACAUUGAGCUCCCCAUCGGUCCCUCUGGAUUCAUGGGCCCGGACAUCCCCUUCCGCGCCGGCAGCCCCGGCGCUAAGUCCGAGGCCGGUGGUCCCAAGAAGCGCAAGCGCGCGCCUGUCGACCCCAAUGCGCCCAAGCGUGCCUUGACCCCCUACUUCCUGUAUAUGCAGCACAACCGUAGCAAGAUCGCCGAUGACCUUGGCGGUGAUGCGCGCCCCAAGGAUGUCGCCGACGAGGGCACCCGCCGCUGGCAGAGCAUGGAAGAUACCCAGAAGGAGGUCUGGAAGAAGAUGUAUGCCGCCAACUACGACCAGUACAAGCGCGACAUGGCCGCCUACAAGGCUGGCAACAAGGUUGACGAGGAGCACGAUCCCGCCGCCAACCAACUGCAGCAGGACUUUGCCGGUGCCGAGCCCGAGGCUGAGGCCGAGGCCGAAGCCGAUGUUGAAGCUGAAGCUGAGCCCGAAGAGUCUGCCGAUGAGUCGACCGAAUCAUCCGAGGAGUCUCACUCCCCCUCCCCCGUGAAGGAGCCGACUCCCCCGCGCAGCACCACCAAGCGUCGCCGCAGCGAUACCAAGGCCAAGGAGGCUGAGACUCCUGCCAAGUCGCCUGUCAAGCGGAGCGGCCGUAAGGCUGCGGAACAGGUGUCCACACCGGCUGUCAAGACACCCGCUGAGAAGGGUCGCAGAAGCAAGAAGCGCAAGAGCGAGGCCUAA